GAUAUCGUACGAUUAUCGCGUACAAAGUUUUUAACUAGGCUGAAUAAAAAAAAUACCUUGACGAAAACAAAUGACAGUGAUUAGCGCGCGCAUUUUUCAUGUCUCGAUGACAGUUGUAAAAUUUAAAACAAGCGCGCGUUCUAGAACUCUUAUUUAAUCUGUGCUCAGUGAUAAAUAUUGCUCCCAAUUUACGGAUUUAAAUAGCUUUGAUAAAAACAUUGGAACGAAAAAAAAAUGGUGCGUAAAUGAAGAAUGAACGGAAAGUGACGAGUGAUCGUUCUUAAAACACGUUGAUUAGCUUUACACGGAAAAGCGAUGUUUUUCAUCAACGUUUAGGUACUCGGAGUUAUUUUUAUGAGUGAAAAUCCAACGUAUUCUGUGUUUCGCGUACCAACCGAGUUGGUUCAGUAACGUUGUGGUCGCGGUUUCGAAAGUUUAUUCGUAUCGGUUACUGGGUCUUUAAAAACGAUGUCUCGAAGUUCCAUUCUUCUUUUUAUAUCGUCGUCUGUUUAGUGGUUGUGUGGUGAAUUUUUAUUGUUGUUUUAAAAAGUGCUUUUUCUGUGUUUUAUUUGGAUUUUGCUCCGACUGUUCUUCGCGGAGUUUCUUAAACAUUCAGGAACCAACGUAUGCGCCUUGGAGUACUGCCGUAAAGCUUCUACAUAAGCUCCGUGACAGUUAAAUACUUGUCAAGCAAUCACAAAACAUUCACGUGUUAAUCAUCGCAUGGCUAUCAAGCGGCAAGAUGUCGGGCAUGACAGGAGCGAGCAUGUUGCGUACGCGCAGAAAAGAUGUCAACGUCAAACCCAACCGAAAGUUGGAUCGGAAGUCCUCGCGGGGCAUGCUGUACGAGAACGAGGAGCUGCGUCUGCGCACUAUCAAUAUCAAUGCCGAAGUUGAAAGAGGUCAAUCGGACAUAAAAAAACUAAAGCGUGAAAACGAGCAGCUGAAGCGUGAGAUAUCAGCACUUCGCUACGAGUAUGACCGGCUGGACAGCAUGCUGCGGGACCGACGGUCUUCGCCUGAACACUCGGACGACAGCGUGUCGGUAUGCAGCGUGUGCCCCGACUGCGUCAGCGUGGAUGGCUCAGCUCGAGCCGUCGCCUUCCAUGACCUGAGCGUCGUGCCAGAGGAGGGAGAACAGGACAAGAGCGGCGCGGAGUCACCAUGCACAUGCGAUGAAUGCCAACAGGAGGCUCCGAGGAAGCUCCCAAACGUAGUGAAAUCUGCACAAACGACGCAAAGCGCGAACACUAUGCAGCCAAAUAUAGCGGACAGUGGACACGAGCGAGUGGUGGACGUGCUGGUUCACGACGCACCACCCGAGGUACCCAGGUUCUUCCAAUCCGUUACCUCUCCCCCCUACCACGUCGCAGGCCCCCCUCCACCAGGUUUCGUCGUUGCCCCCUACCAACCUCCCCGAUUCCACACCGGAGGAAACGUCGAAGACCUACUAGGAGAAGUCCAGGGCUGCCCCACUAUACAGACCACGUACAUACAACAGAACUCCGUGUUCAUGUGCAAUACGAGGCGCAUCACACAGAAGUGCUGCUGUCAGAGAAAGGAACCUGUGCCUGCCUUAGCAGUUACAGGGGUACAAAUGUCAGGAGCACCGACUGUUGAAGAACAAGAGCCUCCGAAAAAGUAUGUAACUGAGAAAAAUAUUGAACUUACGUAUGACUAUCCUAGAGCAACACCCAUUCCGAGCAGCCCCAGUCCGAAAUCUGGUGAUGACGUACAAACCACCACCACAGAGGUCGCUAGUACGGUAGUCUUCGUUGAAAGAAGAAUACCAGUUAAGCCAAAGAAAUUCGACUUCUUCUCCCGAUCGCGAUCAGCGCCCGUCGGAGAAAACGAAGAGCCAAUAUACGCUACAGUUAACAAAUUACCAAAGAGAUUAAGAAGGAUGGAGUUAGCAAACUUAGAGAAAGAAGUAGCGUAUAAAUCUGGUGAGCCUGAUUCUUCCACUCGAACGGAGUUAACAUUGAAGACUGACUCCGAGUCUCAAGCGCCGCCGCCUGACGACGACACGAGUCGAUCUGACAGAGAGAAAUCGACAGCCCCUCAAAGACCUGACUCCCCAAAAAUGAAGAAGCGUAAACGCUUCUCUCUGACGUUCAAAAAGAGGGAGAGAAAAAGAAGGGAUAAGAAGAAGGAAAUGAAGAAUGGAGCGACAAAGAAUGGCGGGACGGUUCACGUGGAGAGUGAUAACGAGAGACUUAUUGAGGGAGAGGUUCAGGAGCCGGGCAAGCAUAAGCACUGCACUAGACACAGGCCGAGGAACACACUGUCGUCAUCCAGUUCAGGCCCGCGGUACAAGCGGGAUAGUUAUCAGGAGAUGACAACUUCGCACUCUGAGCACGAGAGGACCAACAGCAUGUGUUCGUCGGUGAACUCCCUGGGGUCUGCGUGCACCAACAAGUCCAGGAAGCUGUCGGCGCCCAUCAAUGAUGGCUCCAUACCCUGGUGCGGCUGCUGGGGGGCUGGAUGUGUGUGAAGAAACAGUGACAAGGACUCUCUGAUAAAUUGGACUUGUUAUAGCUGCACAACGAACUUAGUGUCAGUACCAGACAUCCUUUGUAGGUUGUUCUCCGUUGAUGUGGAUCAAAAAUAUUUUAUCAACACUUUAUAAUUUGCAUGUAUUUUUUUGAUAAUUCCUAGAACUCCAUAAAGCAGAUAAUGUAAACAUAUUAUUUUCUAUACAACGUAAGUGUUGUCGUAAGAUCAAGAAAUUAAUUAGGGGCUGUAGAGAAGGCUAAUUACUCAUUUGGUUUGAGCACUACUUUUCCAGAUAUUAUUGUAAUAAUCCGUCUAUAGAGGUAUAUACUCUAACUAAACCUUGAUUGAGAUAUGCAUGUACCAAAGAUAGCUUGAGGUUCAAAAUGGAAAAAUAUGUUGCUGAUGUACCUAUCAAUGAUAUUAUAGUUUAAUUAAUAUAAAAUACAAAUAAUUGAUAAUAUAAGUUGUCACGUUUAUGUACAUAAAGUCUAACUGUGAUGCAAUAACUGUUGUAUGACGUAAGAGCAUGCCUGUUGAAUGAUAUAAUAAACUUUUGCACAAAACAUA